AUGGGGGGAAGCAUGAAGGGUGCUCAUGGCCACAUGCACAGCAGCAACAGCAGAAGGAAAUGGAGCAGCUCAUACGUAGUGAUGGCGAUUGUGUGUUGUGUUUUUGGAUGUGGAAUGCUAGGCCUCAUGGGAAUUCACAGGCUCAGAGAGAGGCGAUCUCACAAUCUCCUAAUCAAACAAAGAGAUGAUCAAAUCCUCUCCCUUCAUCUCCUCUUGCAGAAAGAGAGGGAGCGCGUGGUGGAGGCGAAGAGGAAGGCGGAGGCGAUGAAGACGAAGAUGGCGAGCCUCGGGUCUCAGAAGGCGGAGCUCGGCGCCAAGAUGUCGGAGAUGCAGUCGACGAUCUCCUCUCUCCGAGAAGAGCAGAGGGCGGUCGAGUCCGCCUUCCAAGAGAAGCAGAGCGAGGUGAAUUUGCUGCGAGAGAAGUACGCCGCGGAUCUCCGGCAGAGGGAAGGCGAGAUCGAGGGUUUGAAGCUUCGUCUGCAGCUGCGCAGCGCUGAGGUUGGACCAAACGCAACAAUGGUGGAGGCGAAAGCAACAGAGAGCACGACCACGACCAGCUCGGAAAAUGAGGAGGUUGAACCGAGGAGCAUGAAAGAACACGAGCACGAGAAGGCCGCGGAUGAUGAGGGGAGCCCUCGUAGGUUUAGAGGGAAACACGGCUACCUGAGGCGGUCGAAGGGGAGGAGAUGGAUCGGUAAGCAAACGCAAGGAAAGAGGACUUAUCCGAGUGAUCGAGGAGCUUCAACAAUGGCGGAUAAUGCUCUCAGAAACUCGAGCUCAGCAACGAAGAUGGAUGGCGAUGGCGUGCAGAAGGAGCAGACGGGAGAAGAGACGAGCAUCGCGAAACCUGCAGAGGAGAAGAACGAAAACCAGCAACAUACUGCUGAAAGAAAUGGUGAAGAACAAGAUGGAGAUGCUGAGGAAAGUGAAGAAACAAAUGAGCCAGAAUUUUAG